AUGUCAUGGGGCCGGCCUCUGACAGAUAACACUCCUAAAAAAGCUCUUUGUUUGCACAAGGCCAUGUCAGAGAAGGCCUUUGAAGGGAUGAAGUGUACCCCGCACCGCACCUCACACCUCCAUUAUCUUCAGCUCCAAGGGCCUGAAGCGUUUAGCGGCUGUCAGUCAGCACAGCACCGGGACCUGUCUGAGAGCAACGAGCCACGGAGGCCCCAUUACUUUCUCUGCUGUCAGGAAGGAGUUAACCCGAUGGGGGAGGCCAGACAUUAG